AUGGAUUCCUUGCGAAUGUAUGGAAUUGUGGCAUGGGGCGAUGCCGCGACGCGGGAUUGGGAGGUCUGGCCGGAUCGAUCGGAGGAGGCCUGGGGCACGGGCACGUCGCAGAACUGGGAGGAGUGGCCGGAAGCAGAUCAGGAAGAGUCGAUUCCGGAUCCUCGAUACAUCGAAGCCCACGAUCUGGCUCUGGAGCCGACCUCCGACCAUGGCUUCACUAUGCUUUUGCUACAUUCCUGCAGCGGUGGGCCAGACGACUGGAUUCCAAUCAUCCACCGCUUGGACGUGCCAUUCCGGAACGAGAUUCGGUUUGUGGUCCCCUGCGCCCCGGUCAGGCGGGAAACAUUUGACGGCUGGACGAAGGAGCAAAACUCCUGGUUUACGUAUUCGCAGGAUGGGCAGCAUGCGGAGGACCCACAAGAGCUGCAAGAGCAGAUGGAUCGGAUGGAGGCCAUUCUGAGGAAAGAGGUGGAAAAGCUGCCUGGGAGAGAUGCCAGACGACUUUUGGUUGGUGGCUUCUCGCAAGGUGUGGCUUUGGCUGUGGAGCUCGCCCGACGUCACGGGCGCAGACUGGGGGGUGUGAUUUGCAUGAGAGGCGCUGCCCUGAGCUGGACCCAAGGGCAGCUGGACCAGACCGAGAACUUGUCGGGUCUCCGUGUGCUGGCCUACCACGGACGCUGGGAUCGUCUCUGCCCACCGGAGGAGGCAGGCCAAAGCUACGAGCCUCUGCGUGUGAAGGGUGCCGACCUGCGCUUCAUCGUUGAUGAGACUCUGGGGCACGCAUGUGCGCGUGGUCGACAACAGCUCUGUGGUAGCGAGCUCGAGAAGGUGUCUGAAUUUCUCAAGGAGGUGUGGGGAGAGAUCGCAUGUGAGACUGGCAGUGCGAGCCUGCCUAGUGUGUGA